AGCAGACAGCAUGUACAUUAUCGCCGCUUUUGUCGUAAUCUACGCUGUGGUAUUCACACAUGAAGCAAUGAUGACCGGAGGGAAGCACGACCAGGACCCCAUCAAACCUGAGUAUAUGGAAAUCGCAUGGAAAGCUGCGGAAACGCUCAAUGAAGACGCUGCUUUGAACUCCGGUUCCCAUGCCAUGCUGCCAGUUGAGGUUUUGAAAGCUCAAACCCAAGUAGUUGCUGGAGUCAUUUAUGAACUUGAGGUUCUCUACGGUGAAUCAAAUUGUACGAAAGAUAAUGUCAGCCUUGUCAAACUGAAGACGAAUGAUUGCAAGGUGAUGGACGAAGGGAGAAGAACUAUCUAUAAGAUUCGCUAUUACGUUAUACCUUGGCAGAACUACGAAAAAAUCGAGGUUUCAAAAGUGAAGGAUACGGUUACGGCAACGAUGGCAGGAGGAGGACAAGAAGAUGAUCCGAGCAGAUCUAAAUACAUGGAUAUCGCAUGGAAGGCUGCGAAAACGCUCAAUGAGAACUACGGUGCAAACCCUGGACCUUAUGCCAUGAUGCCAAUCAGGGUUCUGAAAGCUCAAACUCACGUAGUUUCUGGAGUUAUAUAUGACUUGGAAGUUCUUUACGGAGAAUCUGGUUGCAGGAAGGACGAAGUCGACCUUUCCAAACUGAAAAUGGCCAAUUGCGGAGUGAUGAACAAAGGAAUGGCUGUCUACAAAAUACAUUAUUUUGCCAAACCAUGGAAAAACUACGAACAAAUUCAAGUAUCUAAAGUAAAGGACAUGACGACUGGAAGGAAACAGGACCAGGACCCGAGCAGCCCUGAGUAUAUGGACAUAGCUUGGAAGGCUACAAAAAUGCUCAAUGAAGACUCCGCUGCUACUGCUUCCUAUGUUAUGAUACCAAUGAGGGUUGUCAUGGCUAAAAGUCAAGUCGUCGAUGGAAUCAUUUAUGAUUUGAGGAUCCUUUACGGCGAGUCCAACUGCAAGAAAAACAAAGUUGAUCUUGUCAAUUUGCGGACGGCUAAUUGCAGAGUGAUGCUCAGAGGCAAGAGAGCUGUUUACAAGAUACACUAUUAUGCCAAACCAUGGCAAAACUACGAGCAAAUCAAAGUAUCGAAAAUGAAGUUGUCUUCUAAAGCUGGCUUCAACUUGGAUUAACGACAGCAAAG